AUGGCUUUUCAACCUACUCCGGCAGAUAUCUCUGUCCUGAUCACCAAUUCGACUGUUUCGCGAAGUGGCAGUGCGGAACCUAGCUUCGUCACGGAGCGUCGUAUCACACCGACAUGGACUGUGUAUCAGCUGAAAGGGAAGCUAGAGACUAUGACUGGUAUCCCACCAGGCUGCCAACGUCUGCGUGUAAAAGUUCCUGGACGACCUGAUCAGUGGGCAGAUGAAGAGGAUCGUGCAAUUGGCGACUGGGGAUUGGCUAAAGGAUCGGAAAUUGAGGUCCAUGACUCUCGCCCAAGAGCUGCGAGACCUAACUUCACCGACCUUUCCUCGGUUGAAAAGUAUGAACUGCCCGCCGAGACGUACGAAACACUUUCGAAUUCUGUCCUCGCGUGGAAGAAGAACCAGAAGCUGGGACGCUUUGAUCCCAAUGCUCUUUCUCCCGAAGAGUCUCUUCGUCAGCAAGUAGAAAAAGACCAGGCCGAGGUGGUUUCUAAAGGUAUCACCGUGUCCAAGCGUGCUAUUAUUCUGCCUUCUUCCCCGCCGCACAUUAGACGCGGGACUGUUCGCUUUGUUGGGCCCGUACCAUCGAUUCCUGUCUCUGGACCUGGUCGUGAGCUUGAGAAUGAAGGUGAACUUCCUGUAGAGCUUCAGCCUAUCUGGGUGGGAAUUGAAUUGGAUGAACCAACGGGUAAGAAUGAUGGUAGUGUGAAUGGGAAACGUUAUUUUGAAUGUCUUGAGAAACGUGGUGCAUUUGUCAAGCCGGAGAAGGUGGAGGUGGGUGAUUUCCCUCCGCUAGGACUGGAUGAUGAGUUAGACGAGCUUAUGGAGGAGAUUUGA